AUGGCUAUCUCAGGCAAAAUCACCACCACCACCAAUCCAUCUCCAACUCUCCAUCCUCCUUACUUACAGAUGAUAAGCGAAGCAAUAUCGUCAUUGAAGGAUCGCACAGGUUCAAGCCAGCCAGCGAUCGCGAAAUUCAUGGAAGAAAAGUACAGCUCUCUACUUCCCCCAAAUUUCAAGAAAAUGUUGUCGAUUCAAUUGAAGAAGUUUGUGAAAUCGGAGAAACUUGUCAAAAUCAAAAACUCGUAUGAGGUGUCUGCAUCCGAGAACGUGAAAUUGGUUGCUACUGCUGCUGCUGCUUCUAUCAAAGAAUUCGAGAAACCAGACAAAGCAAUUGUGAAGAACAGAGAGAAGACGAAGAGGCUAAGCCAAGUCAAAACUCCAGAGGCUCUGAAGAAGAAGAAGAAAGUUUUGACCCCUGCAAAGAGGAACUCAUCCAAGUCGGUCAAGGUUAGGGCUUGA